CAUUAGUAAUUAAACUAAUUACUAACCUAAUGACACUGGCUAAAGUUCAUUUCUUUUUCUAGGUGUAAGAGUUACUUCUGUAAAUUAGCUAUGAUUUGUUUUUGGAGCAAGAAGGACAUCCUGGACUGUGAAAAGAGGGUUGAGAGAGGUCUCUGUACAGCUGAGUGAGGGGACUAAGGAAACAGGAAGACUUUGAUAUGAAACCUUAACUCCUCGUGAAAAGUGUUUGAGAAUAUAUCCGCAAAGGCUCUAAAACUAUGGAGAAAAUCAAGCUCCUUCAGCAUACAAGUCACCCCACUGUCACUCAUAAGUCACUCCAUUCAUAUUUCCUUUAAUAAUCCACCCUCCACAAUGAGGAGGAAGGGAUUAUUUGUGAUUAUAAAACAUAGCCUUAAGGGAAAACUUGAAAAUACAGAAAAACCGAAGAUUCCCCUGUAAUUAUACAUCUAGAGAAAAAUGUUAUAUAAAAAUUUAAUUAAUCCUUUCAGUUCAUCUGUGCCUGCACACAUGCAUGUGUGUACAUGUAUAUUCUUCCUAUAAAAAUAGGGUUACAUACUGUUCUAUCACCUACCUUUUUCACCCAACUCUGUUUAACAUCUUAACAUCAGCAAAGAUAUGAAGAAGGAAAUAGAGCCAGGGAGGUGCCCCAGGUGGUUUUCCUGGUGAGCCCAGAGAAGCUAAGAGUGUUUUUAGGGCUGUGUUUUUUCAGGACAGAUAAUGCUGUACUCCUAGCCUGCAGGUGCUGUCCUCAUCUUUACAGAGAGUAAAGUGAGUGAAUUGUGAUCCUCCCUGCUGCAGCUGCAGGGGAAAAUUAUUUGGAGUAGGUGGGAGCCAGCUAGGGUAUAGGGUCAGCAUCAGCAAAAUGGGAGGCUCUCAAGGCUAGAAUUCCUCCUGCUGAGGUGCAUGGAUUCUGUGUCCGUGCUGGAGUACACUUCCUCUGAAUCCAUCUUUUGGUUCCCCUAGAGUGUAGGGAGGGUCUGACUUUUGUUAACUCUCUAGUUCUUGAUAUUAGUGUUGUGUUGAGGGACAAGGGGAGGGCAAGGGAAGGAGAACAGGGACACUGGAAGUACAAUUGUUUUAAGCUUGUCUAUUAAGGGGCGCGGAGGUGAGCUUGGUUUAUGAGAGAUUUCCCCUUUCUACCCCUACUCAGCUUUUUCAGGACACUGCCCUUGUCCAAGAGAACCAUCUAAAGAAAUCAGAGCUGCUAGGGAGUUCUAAAAGCCAUGGCGCAGGGAUUGGUGACAUUUGGGGAUGUGGUCAUAGAGUUCUCUCGGGAGGAAUGGAAGAGCCUGGAACCUGCCCAGAGAGACCUGUACAGGGAUGUGACUUUGGAGAACUUCAGUAACUUGGUCUCACUAGGACUUUGCAUUUCUAAGCCUGAUGUCAUUUCCUUAUUGGAGCAAGGGAGAGAACCCUGGAUGAUUGCAAAUAUGACAGGACCCUGGUGCCCAGACUUGGAGUCCAGCUGUGAGAAAUUUCCACAAAAGGAUAUAUUUGAUGUAGAGUCAUUCAGGUGGGAGAUAAUGGAAAGCCUUAAAUGCUGUGAUUUGGAGGGCUCCAGUUUUAGAGAUGACUGGGAAUACAAAGGCCAGUUUGAAAGACACGUUACUCAGGAGUGCUUUUUCAAGCAAGUGAAAAACAUGUAUGAAAACAUCCCCACUUUUGAGCGUCAUACAUCCCUCACUCUACACCAGAACAACAGGAAUGGCGAGAAACUGGUUGAAUGUAAUGAAUGUGGGAAAGCAUUUAGCCGUGGCUCACAUCUUAUUCAACAUCGGAAAACUCAUACUGGUGAAAAACCCUUUGAAUGUAAGGAAUGUGGGAAGGCUUUCAGUCGUGCCUCACACCUUGUUCAACAUGAGAGAAUUCAUACAGGUGAGAAACCUUAUGACUGUAAGGAGUGUGGGAAGGCCUUUGGUCGUACCUCAGAACUAGUUCUGCAUCAGAGACUCCAUACUGGUGUCAAACCAUAUGAAUGUGAAGAAUGCGGAAAGACAUUUAGACAGCGUUCACCACUUGUUCUGCAUCAAAGAACUCAUACAGGUGAGAAGCCCUAUAUAUGUAAAGACUGUGGGAAGGCUUUUAUUCGUGGCUCACAACUUACUGUUCAUCGGAGAAUUCAUACCGGUGCUAGACCCUACCAGUGUAAAGAAUGUGGGAAAGCCUUUAGACAGCAUUCACAACUGACUAUACACCGGAGGAUUCAUACUGGUGAGAAACCCUAUGAAUGUAAGGAAUGUGGAAAGGGUUUUAUUCAUAGCUCAGAAGUUACUCGACAUCAAAGAAUUCAUUCUGGGGAGAAACCCUAUGAAUGUAAGGAAUGUGGGAAGGCUUUCAGACAGCACACACAGCUUACUCGACAUCAGAGAGUUCAUACUGGUGACAGACCUUACGAAUGUAAGGAAUGUGGGAAGGCCUUUAGUCGUAGUUCAUACCUUACUGAACAUCAAAGAAUUCACACAGGUGACAAACCUUACGAAUGUAAAGAAUGUGGGAAAGCCUUUAUUCGUGUUUCACAACUGACUCAUCAUCAGCAAAUUCAUACUUGUGAGAAACCGUAUCAAUGUAGGGAAUGUGGAAUGGCCUUUAUUCGUAGUUCACAACUUACUGAACAUCAGAGAAUUCAUCCUGGUAUCAAACCUUAUGAAUGUAGAGAAUGUGGGCAGGCCUUUAUUCUUGGCUCACAGCUGAUUGAACACUACAGAAUCCAUACUGGUUAGAAAGCCUUGAAUAUUAGGGGUAUAGGAAAGCUUUAUGUAAAGUUCACACCUGACUCAAGAUUAGAUAAUUUUUAAUGUAAUUAAUGUCAGAAAACCUUCAUUUGUCACUUCUGUUGUGGAACAUCAGAUCAUGCAUACCAGAAGAAAAUUCAAUAAAUGUGGGAAUUCCUUUUGUCUUAGACUCACUGUUUACUAAACAUCAGAGAACUUAUGCUCAAAAAAACAAUUUGGAUAUAGAAAAACAACCUAUUGCCACUCAAAAUUAAGUGUUAAACUUCUAAGAAUUCCUCAUAGGAAAUGGCCCUAUUAAAAUACUUUGUGAAUGUGCCUUCUGCCAUGGCAUACACCUUGCUUAACGUUAUCUCAGUUCUUGCUGACUGUAUAGCGUUGGGCAAAUUAUGCAAUCUCUCUGUUCCUCAGUUCAGUUAUUUUUAUGCAGUGAUAAUUAUAUUUACCUAACGGGUUUCUUGAGUACUACCAGAUAUUUUAUAUAAAGCCUAUGCUCAGUAAAUAUUAGUUAUUGUCAUUAAUAACAGUAUUACUGUUAAGGAGGUCAUGUGAGUGAAAGGCCUUAUGAAUGUAAUGAAUGUCAAAAAGCCUUCAUUGCCACUUGUUAUAAUUCAAGUCUGAAAAAUAAGAGUAAAGUAUAAUUAUCAAGUGGCCUUAGAGUAACCAAAAUAAAUUCACCCAUUUAGAAAUCUAAAACCACCUCCAAGUAUAACUUCAAGAGAAAUCAAAACUAAAAUUAUAAACUAGAAAUGAAUGACAGUGAAUUCUGCAUAUGAAAGCCAGUUUAAUAUAGCCAAAGCUGUAUUGCUGUCAACCCAAGGAUUGAAGAUAAGGGCUUUGUUCUUCAAAUGUGAAUCUCUAGCACCUAGUCAUUCCCAGUCACAUACUAAACAUGUUCAAUGAAUGAAUAGUCAACUCUAAAAGUUAGGGGGAAAUCAGCACAUAAACCCAAGUCAAAUAGUAAAAAUGACUAUUAAAACUAAAACUAAUGAAAAAGAAAAUAACAGCAGACUUAAUCUAACGAGUUUUUAUUUAACAAUAUAGUAAGGUAGAUAAAUAACAACUGAUCUAGAAAAAAAGUUAGCAUUAUGAAUGAGGAAGGAGUGGAUUUUUUAAAAACUCGUUACCAUGCAUGACUAUUCUAAUAUAUUUGGAAGUCAGUGAGAAUGGAUUUUUACAAAACUACCAAAAUUGCUUCAAGAUGUGGAAUACCUGAAUAAAACAAUGUAGAAAAACAUGUCACCAAGAACUGUCCCUUUAAAGAAAACAGUCUAACCUGUAAAACUUCAAGGAACAGAUAAUCCACAAGAGAGAAGCUUGUUAGUUUAUUUUUAAGGCUAAAUAAAGUUAUGAUAAAAACUCAACAAGGACAGCUCCCAAAAAGACAAAUUAUAGAUGAUUAUCAUAUGUGAAGAUAAAUAUAAAUAAAAUUUCUGCUAAUUUAAUCCAAUCUGUUCAAAUCAAGCAAAUUUUAAAUGAAAUGUCUGGAAUUUCACCUGUUCUGGAUUAUGUUUUCAGAAUUUUGGUAUUGUAACCUCCAGGAGAUAACAAUGACAGGAUAAAAAGACUUGAUCCAAUCCCAGUGACAUCUGGAUCAGGGCUCAUGAGUGAAUCUAAGGAAUCUUAAGAAAUGGAUCCCUUCAGCCGGUGGAAUAGCCAGGCAGUGUCUGGGGCAGGGAGUCUGUUGUGCCCCAAUGCCAUCCAUCUUAGUCUUUUCCUGAGUGUUGAGUAAAAGCACCUGAAUUCUUCACAUCUGCCUACAAAGGAUUAGAAAGCCUUCUGUAUGUCAUUUUUCUUUAAAUAAUUUAAUGACUAGGAUGUACAGUUGGGGAGCUCAAAGCUUUAUAUUAAAAAUUAUCAUUUUGAAUAGCUAAAACACAUACACAGGAUAAAAAUUCUUAAGUUAAUAUUUGGUAUACAGACAUAAGUGAAUCUCCGCACCAUCUCUGCCCCUUCCCAUCCUAUUACCCUUUAGGUAGCAAUCACUGCUAUCAAGUUCUUAUAUGUUGUUCCUUAUUUUUCUGUUUGCUUAAAUAUGGAAAUAUGCAUAACAUUAUUGAAAAAAUUCACUUAAGUGGUAGCAAAUUUCCAUAUAUUGCUAUUUUUCCUUAUCCAUACAUCUUGAAGAUCAAACUACAUAUAUGUAUGUGUAUGUAUAUACACACACAUAGAGCUGUCUUACUAUUUUUGACAGCUGAAUAGUAUUCCGUCAUGAUUUCAUAAUCUGACUUUAUUAAUUUGGGUUUUUAAAAUUAUUUUUUGCUCUUUCAGGCAAUCCUGUAAUAAAUAUCUUUGUAUAUAAAUACCUUUGUAUAUGUGUGAUAUAUCUUUAACAUAAAUUCCUAGAGGAAAUAUAAGAUCAAGAUGUAUAUACUUUUUUAAAACUUUCUGCUCACACAGUAUCUAAUAAUGUACCCGCUAUGCCCCUGUCACCAGCUUCAGUAAUUAUCAGCUCAUGGCCAGUCUUGUUUUA